CCUAAGUGAUGGAGAACGGUGGAAUCGAGGAAGCCGACGACGCACUGCCGGUGCCCGCGCCGCCCAAUGGGCGGCGGUACCGGCCAGUCGGGUCGAGCGACCGCGCCGUGAUGCAGAUGACUUCCAUGGAGUCGGGAUCCUCCUCUGCCACCAUCAACGCCGUCGUGACGCCCCAGCCGCCAAGGAACAUGAAGCCUGAUGCUAAUCUAACUAUUGAUCCAAGUAUUCGGGAAGGUUCUCCUGAUGAUCAUGAUACAUCCAGUGGAUCUCAAGGGGAUUCAAAGCUAGAGCUCUUUGGUUUUCAUUCCCUUGUAAAUAUAUUGAGCCUUAAGAGCAUGACAGGAGAGCAGAUUCAGGCCCCUUCAAGUCCUAGGGACGGUGAGGAUGUUGCAAUUAACAUUGGGCGCCCCAAGGUUUUCUUCCAUUUCAACAUUUUCUACCACUUGUUUGAAAAUUCCUCACUCUGCUUUUAG